AUGUCAGAGUCAAGUCAGUGUCAAGUCAGAGUCAAGUCAGCGUCAAGUCAGCGUCAAGUCAGAGUCAAGUUAGAGUCAAGUCAGAGUCAAGUCAGCGUCAAGUCAGCGUCAAGUCAGAGUCAAGUCAGAGGCAAGUCAGCGUCAAGUCAGAGUCAAGUCAGAGUCAAGUCAGAGUCAAGUCAUAGUCAAGUCAUAGUCAAGUCAUAG